UAUUUCGUGUAACACCCGAGGCCGCAUCCGGUUGGUCGGGACACGUCACUGAAUCGAAGAAGUACGAGCCGUUUAUACCUUCUUUAAAUAUAAUUGAGCUUAACAGUCAUGUCGAACUCGGUCCUGUCCGUUAUCUCCCGGUUUCUGGAGGAGUACAGCACCACGACCUCCACCAAGCUGAAAGUGGUGGACGCGUAUCUGUUGUACAUCUUGUUAACAGGAGCGCUGCAGUUCCUCUACUGUCUACUCGUUGGAACAUUCCCAUUCAACAGCUUUCUGUCUGGCUUCAUCUCGUGCGUGGGUUCCUUCAUUCUCGCAGUGUGUCUUCGUAUCCAGAUCAACCCUCAGAACAAGGGAGACUUCCUCUCCAUUUCCCCAGAGAGAGCUUUUGCUGACUUCCUGUUCGCAAACACCGUUCUUCACCUUGUUGUGAUGAACUUUAUUGGCUAAAAUGGAUAUAAAAUAAAGUCACACCUACCCAACUUUUUCAAGAUCACAACCAAACCCAAACCUCCUGGAUGCUACUACCUUGAAUUUGAGCAGCAGAUCUGGACCGCAGAUUCCCAGCAUCAACACUGAAGGACAUGUAUCUUCAUACAUUUGAUGCAGUACAUUUUUCUAACUAAUAAACGAAAACUUUUUUAUGUUAAUGUUUGUAAAUCAUUCCCAGUUUGCAUUUACAGAAAUAAAUCAUCUGUAAUGUUGA